AUGUCGACAGUGCUGAGCUCGAUGACCUCUCUGCCCGCUUCUGGGCGGACUCUUCAGAGGAAGCAACUGGUGAUGGCGUCCCCCGUGCCUCGGUGGACCCUUCUCCUGGUGCACGCAGAGGCCCUCCACCGCCAGUGCCUGUCAAUCUCCCUGGUACCAGAACCACUGCAGCAGCUCCUGAGGCCGAGGUCGAGGCUGAGGCUUUCUUCAUGGUGGCGGGACGCAUCCUGCCACCGCCCCCCCGGCUGGGGUACGGUGCAGUCGGUGUCCUUAUGCGAUAUGCUGCAGCAUAUCUCUUUGACGGCACGGGUGAUGCACGCCGAGCUUAAGGUCUGCGAUCAGGCCCACCUAUGUGGACACCAGAGUCGACACCUGAGCUCCUUCUUGGUCUCCUCGUCUUCCGGGUUCUGCUUGUGGACCUCUGCCGCCCACCCUGAUCUGCGCGAAAAUGACCGGACUGCCCUCUGUCAGAUGGCUGCCUCUCCACUCCCUGGCCCUACUUUUGCCGCGCCUGUCACUCCUCAGGUUCCCUCCGGAGCGCACAUGGCAUCGCAGGCUGGCUUUCGCCGAGUCUCUCCUGUGCGGACUCAGACAUAUCCUGCAGGCUAUACUCGCAUGCUCUUACUCACGGCAAAUGCUGUCCCACACCUAGCCGGUGCUCGGGCCUCGGCGUUUCUGCCGUCGCUUGCAACUGUUGCCCCGUACUGUUCCACAUCUGCAUGCUGCUCUGCUUGGCUCACGGGCUCAGAUUCUUGGGGUGCUCCCCUUGGGACUGGCUGGCCUCAAGGGCGCCUCAACCGCACCUUUGCGGAGACGGCUUCGGUGGAGGCCUCUUCGUCCUCGACAGACCUGCACCCGGCUGACUGCGAGCACCUCGAGCGGACUCAUCCGGAGGUGUUUCAGCAGCCACAGGACCACUGGAAGCUCUCCCCGGCAGAGAUCAAGCUUGUGGGGUACAUCAAGUGGGAUGGGGAGCCGCCUCCUCUCACGAUAUAUCUCCGGCCGCUCCUCGCUCGAGUACAAGCAGGCUCCAAGACCAAGGUCAAGGACUAUGUUGGCCGGGACCCCAAGGAGGUUGCGCAGGAUGACGCUGGCUGGGGAGACCGAAGAGGAGUCAAAACUCGUGCCGACCAGCCCGUCAAGGCCAAGUCUAUGCCGAAGAGCAAGGGCAAAUCAAUGCAGGUCACUGCCUUUCCGGGCCCCGGCUUCCAGACUACCUUUCUCCGCGAGUCCGACCUGGCAGAGGGCACAGUGGUGGCUGUCACCGCAGACACCAUACAGGUGCACUUAACGGACGGCUCUUACGGCGAGCUCACCGUGCCGAGUUCUUUUCACAGGGCCUUUCGCAAAGGCGACGCGGUCAAGCAGAUGGAGGUGGUUGGCUUGGAGCCCGAGCAGCCCAUCCUUUUGGCGUUGUCACGCCCGGCACUGGCAGUGGAUGGCGUUGACAUUGACCUGACCACCACCGAAAGGCCUGAGAAGCCCGGUGGCAACAG